AUGACUGACAUCACCGCUGGGCAUGGGGAGGAUGUUCAUCAGCCCCCCGCCCAUAUCCCUCCGGCACCGAUGGAGGACUAUCAGUUCCCCGAACUCCGCCUGAAGCGCAAGAUGAAUGACCCUGAGAAGACCCCCUUGCUACUGGUUGCUUGUGGUUCUUUCUCGCCUAUCACUUACUUGCAUCUGCGUAUGUUCGAAAUGGCAGCCGAUUACGUCAAAUUCAGCACGAACUUUGAACUCAUCGGCGGAUAUCUCUCUCCGGUGUCGGAUGCCUAUCGCAAGGCUGGUUUGGCAGCUGCAGAGCAUCGAAUCGCUAUGUGCCAACUUGCAGUGGACCAAACCUCCGACUGGUUAAUGGUUGAUACAUGGGAGCCAAUGCAGAAGGCGUACCAGCCAACCGCCGUCGUGCUCGAUCAUUUCGACCACGAGAUCAACACUGUCCGAGAGGGAAUCGAAGCUGCGGACGGCACACGGAAGCACGUACGCAUCGCUCUUCUGGCAGGAGCUGAUCUGAUCCAUACCAUGUCGACCCCGGGAGUAUGGAGUGAAAAAGAUUUGGACCACAUUCUUGGCAAAUACGGUUCUUUCAUUGUUGAACGCAGCGGAACAGACAUCGAUGAAGCGCUUGCUGCGCUGCAGCCCUGGAAGGACAAUAUCCAUGUAAUUCAACAGCUGAUUCAGAACGAUGUCAGCAGCACCAAAAUUCGUCUUUUCCUCAGACGUGAGAUGAGCGUCCGUUACUUAAUCCCGGUGCCGGUCAUCCGCUAUAUUGAGCAGCACCGCCUGUAUGAAGACGAUAGCACGACAACCAACUCCACAUCCGACAAAGGCAAGGGGAAACAGGAGCCUAACAAGUCGGGUUGA